AUGCGAAUUGCCUUGAGCGCUAAAAACAAACUCGGAUUCAUUGAUGGGACUAUCAAAGCCCCAGCAAAAACUGAUGCCAAAUUCUCCAUUUGGCAGAGAUGCAAUGAUAUGGUGUUAUCCUGGAUUUUGCACUCACUACAACCCGACAUCGCAAGCAGUGUACUUUACUGCACCAGCGCAUCCAUGGUGUGGAAUGAUCUUAAAGAUCGAUUCUCACAAGGCAACGACUCCCGGAUUUACCAAAUCCGCCAAGAAAUUGCCGAACAUCGACAAGGCCAUCUUUCGUUUCAGAGUAUUACACCAAAGCUCAAGGCCUUAUGGGAUGAAUUGGAUUCAUACCAUGAACCCAUCAUCUGCACUUGCGAAGGUUCCACAACACGUGCUUCCAGAGAAGAGAAGGAGAGAGUCAUGCAAUUUUUAAUGGGUCUGAACGAACCUUAUUCAACUGUGCGUGGGUCAAUUCUGAUGAUGUCACCGAUCCCAGACACACGUCGUGUCCAUGGCCUGAUCCUCCAACACGAAAGGCAGCUGGACGUGGCAAAUCGACAGCCCGGAUCCCAUGCCAUGCAAAUCAUACGUUCUGCGAACACCAAGGGCGGCACCAACCCAGGCAACUCGGCAGCAGCGGCGAAACCCUCUGGUGCUGGGAACGAAAAACACAGCUCCAACUUCAGGAAGUCUCUGAAAUGUUCUUACUGUGAUGGAGACACCCACACCAUUGACACUUGUUUUUUCCUUAAUGGAUUUCCUGUGGGCCACAAACUCCAUGGGAAGAAUGUCAAGCCCAAAAACAAACGGGCUGCUUACACUGCUGAAAAGGAUCCAAACCCAGGGCCCCACGUCAAAUCCGAUGACAGCCCCACUUUCACUACUGAAGAAUACAAUCAACUGAUCGCUCUUUUACACAAUCGACCUGGUAAUUCUCAUCUUGCAAAUGCAACAGGUAUUGUUACAUCAACCUGCAACCUUUCACAGCAUGACCCACUUUCAAAUUUCUAUUGGAUCAUGGACAGUGGAGCAUCAGAUCAUAUUUCGUGUUUUGCACCUACACACAACACAAUCAAUACUCAACAUGAUUUUGUUGGUUUACCUAAUGGAGGGAAAGCAGCCAUUAAAAAUAUUGGAUCCAUUAAAGUGUCUGACACCUUAACUCUAGAUGGUGUUCUUCAUGACGUGAAUACGGGGAGGACGAUUGGCCUGGGCAAGCAAUUUAAUGGGCUCUACUACCUCAAAGCCACCCAAAACCCACAUCUAGCUCAUCAUGUUCACCACACCUCCCAUCUUUGGCAUCAACGUCUGGGACACCCAUCCACCGCCCCUACUCAAUUUCUUUCCAAUAAAUUUCCAGAAAUUAUCUGUGAUAACAAUCAUGGUUAUCGCCUUUAUGACCUCAGCACACAAAAAUUUUUUUCCUCUCGGGAUGUGGUUUUUCAUGAAAAUAUAUUCCCUUUCCCUACCUCACCACCUGAACAACAAACUGACACUGUUGUCCUUCCCACCCCAGCCCAUGAACCCUUAUCCCAGACCCAGGAAAGCCCAACCGAUCUUCUUCUCCUCACCUUUUUCCCCAUCCGGCCCAUACCCCCCAGCCCUCGGCCCACGACCCACUCCUCACUUAUUCACCCUCCCCAUCUCUUACCCAACCCGUGCCACCCUGUUCUCUCUGGUUCUUCUCCUUCAUCACUGAUACCUACCGCCGCACCUUCACCAUCCUUCGAUGCCAUGGCGUCACCCUCUCCGGCCGUUUCGUCCCCUCCACAACUUCUUCCUCCUUCUCCCACCGACGCCAAUCCCAUUUCUCCCGCCCCACCUCUGCGCAAAUCCACCCGAUCUAUCAAACCCCCUCCCCACUUCAAGGACUACCAAGCCCACCAUGCCGCCCUGCUUGCUCCAGGAGUUCCUUCCCCCAUCACGUCCGGUACUCGCUACCCCAUCACUCGGCCCUGUCACAACCCCCACUGGGUUGAGGCUAUGAACUCCGAAAUUGCAGCUCUGGAAGAGAACCACACUUGGUCGUUAGUUCCGUUACCGGCUGGCCAACGUCCGAUUGGGUGCAAAUGGGUUUUCAAACUCAAGUACACUUCCGAUGGUACCCUGGAGAGAUACAAAGCUCGUUUGGUCGCCAAAGGGUUCACCCAGCGUGAAGGCAUCGAUUAUACUGAGACCUUUGCCCCUGUUGCUAAACUAAUCACUGUCCGUUGUCUCCUCACUGUUGCCUCUGUUCACAAUUGGCCGCUUCAUCAGAUGGACGUACACAACGCUUUCCUUCAUGGCGACCUCCAUGAAGAGGUCUACAUGCUUCCACCGCCCGGUUAUCAACGACAGGGGGAGCACACUGUGUGUCGUCUCCACAAAUCCUUAUAUGGUCUUAAACAGGCAUCUCGAAGCUGGUUUCGUUUACUUGGUGCAAAGCCUACAAAAAUUCCUAUGGAAGCCAAUGUUGCACUCAUGCCUACAGGGAGUGACCCCCUCAAGGAUCCUACUCGCUAUCGCAGACUUGUUGGCAGUCAGUUUAUGCAUGAACCCCGAAUGCAUCAUUUUGAGACAGCACGUCGACUCCUUCACUACCUCAAAGGAGCUCCUGGCCAAGGGUUAUUAUUCCCUUCACACGGGCCCCUCCACCUGACAGCUUACUGUGACGCGGAUUGGGCACGAUGUCCUUUUACAAGGCGCUCAGUUACUGGAUACUGUAUUUCCUUGGGAAGUCACUCAUAUCAUGGAAAAGCAAGAAGCAAGUCACUGUCUCAAGGUCAUCUGCAGAAGCUGAGUACCGCUCUAUGGCAGCCACCACUUGUGAACUCACUUGGUUGCGAUAUCUCUUACGGGACUUACAAGUGGAACACAACCAACCAGCCACCUUACUCUGUGACAACAAAGCAGCCCUCUACAUUGCAGCCAACCCAGUGUAUCAUGAACGGACCAAGCACAUUGAAUUGGAUUGUCAUACCGUUCGUGAGAGAAUUCAAAACGGGGAGAUCAAGACAGUUCAUGUGUAAACCAAACAUCAAGUUGCAGAUAUUUUCACUAAGCCGCUACCUACCCCCUUGUUCCAAUCCCAUCUUGGCAAGUUGGGUAUAA